AGCGUGCAGCGCUCAAGCGGCAUUCGGGCUCAUGGGAGAUGACUUGACCUGGGUAUCCUGGAAGCUGGCCCUGGGCCAAUUUCAUGAGUCCGGACAGCUGGAGCUCCCAACUCAUGAGCUUUGUGCUCCAGGCCCUCACGGCCAGCAGACGGCGCGGCUGGGUGGGGAGCUGCGCCUGGAGGGCCCGGACCUCAUCUGGAAGCUGCGCCUGCGGGGCCGCGCCCUGGUGGCCAGGAAGGUGGGGCCUGUGGAGCCCAGGCUUCUUUUGACGAUGAGAAGCUGGAAGGAGGAGGAUAUCGCCACAAAGUCGGACAGAUGGAUGCAGGUGGCUAGUCAUGCAGACGGGGACUGCAUCACGCUGAGCGCGGCACUCCUUUGGGCCACGCAAAGUUUGCCUGCCACCAGUCGCUUCACCUUUGGAGAGCAAUUGGGCCAGGGCCAGAGUGGCUGCGUGCACCUGGUGACUGACACUGAAAGUUGUGGCCAAAAGCUCAUUGCCAAGGUGGCAGAACCGGGGUGUGAGCUCAUCCAUGAGGCGAUGGUGUUGAAGUCUCUUCAAGGCCUAGGCUUCCCAGAGUGUCUGGGCAUCUUCGCAGGUCCUUGCGGUGAGUUCCUGGUGGCAGAGCGCUUAGGUGCCAGCCUGGACGACUGGCAGAAAGAAGGUGACGGCAGGCUCGAGGUGGAGGCGGUGGCGAGGGUGGCGUCGCAAGUCCUGGCUCAGCUGGCAGCCUUACACAGCAGGAAUCUGGCGCAUGGAGACUUGAAGCCGAAGAACCUUCUCAUUAAGGAUGCAGACACCUUGGAAGUUUGCCUCAUUGACUUUGGCUGCUGCCGACCCUACCGAAUCUCAGACGACAUGGUUGUCCCUCGGCAUGGCGCACCAUGCGUUGGAACCACGCGGUUCUGCGCCAUCGCAGCACAUAAAGGCGAGAGGUCACCGCGCUGCGACCUUGAAUCCCUGGCAUACGCCCCUCAGCUCACUGCUGCAUGUUCAUGUCAAAUCCUGCAUUGUUUAUCAUUGUUUUGUGCUGGAGCUGAGAGUCUGUUGGCCAACAGGUUUGCUGAAAUUUAUGCGCAUUUGCUGUUGAAGUGAGGUUCUCAUUCAUUUGGCAACAGGCCGCUUACCAUGGCAAGGCAUCAGGACUCACAGAAAGCUCGACCACAGUGCAGAGAUCUUGAGUAGCUCGGUCAGGCAGAUCUGGUUUGAUUGCUUAGCCGCCAUCACAGCUUCAAUUCUUUGUGUGUGUGUGUGCGUGUUUCUCUUCCAUGACCCGAUGCCUUUGAUGCCAAGGCAAAAAAAUGGACUUCGAUUUACUUAAACGUCACGUUCUCGAUUCACUUCCUGAUGCAUUUGCAACUGGCCUUCUUUGUUUGGUGGAGAAAUGCCGAAGUUUGCAGAGUGUAGAUACAGGCACCUAUUGCGAGCUGCACAUGCUGCUCACACAGGAAAGCCCACGGACGCAGCGCGGGUACAGCCGUUCCAGUGGCAUUUGCUGAGCUGACUGCAAUCGGCAAUCAUGGACCUGCGCAGGUCCAGUGAAGUCUGAGGAAUGCGGGAAUGCGUUCAAGAAGCUGGAUCGAUGUCGCCAAGAUUCCUUGAAUUUGGGCAAGCUUUGGAUUGCGGCUGAAUGAAUCACCUGCAGAUGAGUAUACUGAGCAGCGAUGCAGCUUCAACAUGGGCAAUGCCGCAUCACUGGCGGACUGGCAACGCAUUGAUUCCGUUCAAGAAGCCUUCCCGAGGUCAAACCAUGAAGAUGCUUGCUUGCGCAUGUUUGCACCUUUAUGCGUGACCAAAGGCUUGCAACAUGAGCCAGUGUAGGAGAAUGUGGGACUCGCAAAAUUGGACAACAUGCAACCAGAAGGAAGCGGGACAGCUAGCAGCUGCCCUGUCCCGGCCCGGA